AUGUUCUCACCCCUAACUGUGGUGAGCUCAGGGUCUUUUGGAGCAUUCUGGAGCAUAUGGGACGUGAGGAGCAUGGAGGACUUGGCACAUGGACGCAGCUCAACUGGAUACGCAAAGGAAGAAGGAGGAAGCCAUCUUGAAGACCAGCUCGACCAUCUACUCGACCAACCGGUCGAGUUCCUCAACUCGACCGGCCAAGCUUCAACUCGAUCGAGCUGA